UAAAUUAAAUACACUAUAUACACAACAAUAGAACUGUCAACCGUGUCAACUGUCACAUUGUUAUGAUCUCCACAUAACUUGUUAAUUUAUAUAAUUAAUUAAUUUUUAAAUAAAAUCGUUAUGGAAACUGAGGAAUAUGGUGAAAUAAUGAAAACCAUAAAAGGUUUUCAUGGGUUAACAAGAAAUUGCCUUAUGGUUCUCACAGAAAAAUUUCCAAAAAUCCAAAAAGAAACUUUAUACAGCAUUUUAUCCUUGGAAUAUCAACGACAUAUGAAGCACCGUUUUGAGAAAUCACCCUCAUCAAUUAACAAAAUGUAUGAUUUGUAUGAAAAAGCGAUAACAAAUGGAGAAGAUUCUGGUGUUAUUAUAAGAUUAUCCCUUGAAAAUAAAAUUGCACCUUGUUUAGCGGCUAAAUUAAUUUUAUUAAAAAAAUAUGAAGAUGUACUUAAUGAUGAAUCUGUUUUACAAACUAAUGUUAGUCAGUAUCUUAGGGAUACCUCUUUAAUUGAUGAUAAAGUCCUUGCAUAUGAAAUAUUUCUUUGUACCUUAUAUGAUGAUCAGUACAGUCAUAUAGUCGAAGUAAUGAGAACUUCUGUAGGUCAACAAUACGAAAUAGUAAUUAACAGAAAAUUAAGGGAGCUUGGUUUAGCUUUUCGUGACGAAGAGUGGUUGAGAAAACUGGGCUAUGAUAAAACACCCGAUUUUAAAUUGGACAUUCCAAUAAUGAUUGAUGGUUUGGUGAUUCAUUGGAUUGAAAGUAAAGCGGUUUUUGGAGAUGUUGAAUCUCAUACUGAGUAUAUAAAAAACCAGUAUUCUAGUUAUUGGAAUAGAUUUGGACCUGGAUUAGUUAUUUAUUGGUUCGGAUAUAUGAAAUGCAUCACUGAGACAACAUCAAAAAAUCUAAUGAUUAAGGAUAAAAUACCUGAAAAUAUACAACAACUUGAAUAAUAUAUUUUUGAUAAAGACAA